AUGUCGGUCACUUCUACAGAUCACACGAAGGACGUAGCUUCCGACGUCAUUAUUCGACCUGCCAAACUGGAAGACCUUGAUGAAUUGUACGAAUUUACCGAUAAAGUCGACUGGCGUGUGUCAAAAGAAACUGUGAAAUUAUUUCUUGAAAUUGUGGAAGACGGUCACUACCUAGUUGCUGAUCUCCAUGGCAAGAUUAUUGGUUCAAGAUUAGUUAUUAUACUGGAUGAUAAGAACGCCAUGUUCGACUUCUUCAUAGUAGACCCAAAGUACAGAGGCUCUGGUGUUGCGAAGAAAAUUGCAGCAAGAACCAUGGAAAUUGCCGGCGACAGAAACGUCAUGAUUUGGUCUGUGUCCUACCGAAUACAGCAGAACUUAAAAACCGGCAUGAAAAUUGGUGGAGGGCGCUUACAUUUGUGCGAAGGUCGUUUUGAUAUUGAUACCUUAAGAAUUGAUACCACACUAAAUGAUUCAGCGAUAAAAGUUGUCCCAACAAAUGAGGUUGACUUUGAAGCUCUGCUCGCCUACGACACCUCCAUCAUUGUGUUUCAAAGGGAAAAGUUCUUGAAAGCGUGGCUGGCAAAACCGUCUGCCGUUUCAUUCGCGGCAUUAACAGAUGGCGGUGAGGUCGUGGGUUAUGGUCAGGUGCAAGAUGCGCCGCGUUCGAAAGUCAUAUCUCCGCUUUACGCCGAUAAUCCAGCAGCAUUUAAGCUUCUUCUAAAAGCUCUUCUAGAAUCCAUUCCAACAGAAUAUAGUGUAUAUAUGGUUAUCAACGUGGAUUAUGGCACCGGAAUGGAAGUGAUAAACAGAAACAAGGGAACUGUUAAAGUUUUUCCUGAAGAACCCGGGGUAUUCAUGUAUACCAAAAGAAAUUUGGAGAUGCCUAAAUUUGGAAGUGUCUUUGCAGUAGCUUGCGUUUGUGCCUUUCCCGCGUGAUUGGCUUAAAAUCAAUUUAUUGAUAAAUGGUACUUCUUUAUCUCCUGUGUACACAUUUAGAAAAAGGUAUUACUUUUCCUAUUCUGAUCCGGUGCAUGAAGAUGAACAAGGCGGAACAAAUAGAACCUAAAUGGAAAUUUGCCUCGCUUUGCAAAUGUAAGAGGUAUAAGAAGAUAGACUUGCUUUGCCCCAUCGCGGGUAUCAAUAUUGGCUACACGACGAUUAAAUGUUGCGCAUUACGACGAAAAAUAGUUGCACAAACAUAGCAGCUAGUCCUACGGAUACGUGCCUGCCGUAACGUACUCUUUCAAGACUGUAUUUUCAAGUAGAACACCGAUUCAUUUUCCAUUGAGAAUAUAAAACUGACUCAUACUAGAGAACAUACACAAGAAGCAUUUAGUGAUUUUAGCUAUCAAUAUCUCUUGUUUUAGGAUCAAAUUUAAUUUUAUGCAAUAUCAAAGAUUUGAUUUUUAAAAAAAUUUUACUUUAUCAACUCUCAAAGGGCCACGUACCUUCUUCAAAUAAAACAUUAUUAUUAUUAUUAUUAUUAUUAUUAUUAUUAUUAUUAUCGCCGCUUGUGUACCAUGUCAAAAUCCGACACGAAAAUUAUGUUUUUUUAGACCAUUUUAAAAUUCAAUAUUCCUAUUCUUUUACGUCUUUGACCGGAAAGUUGAGAUACUCUUUUUUAUCUGCUCCUUACCCAAGUCAAUAUUGGGUACAAAGCGGAAACAUUCCUGAUUUUCAUUUUUACUUCCUGGCAGUAUGAUGAUGUUUUCAAGCACAACUACCAGCAUUGAUGAUAAAUAACAUUGUAAAAAGCUUGGUCAACACUUGAAGUAACAUGUAAAAAUAAUUAACAUAUCCCGUAAAAUGUCAGUGUAUGAUCCCACUGUUGUGAGA